CACCAAAUUAGAUUACCAUGCUUGGAUUACAGACGUUGAAGAGACGCAGUGUUCUAAGGCUAUUUGGGGCUUCUAUCGUUGUUUCCUUGAUACUUUUUGGCUCUUUACAUGUACUAUUUUCGACUGGGGAUUUUUCUUUUCAUGGUCGUACGAGCGCCAUCUAUCAUUAUUCCUCUAGGCCAUUACAACAUCCCAAUCCCAAUCUCAAAGCAGCUUUCGUCACAUUCACAAAAGGAAAUCAAGAAAGUUUGGAAAAGUUACGCUACACCAUUCGAGAUUUAGAAGAUCGAUUCAACCGCGACCAUGGCUAUCCUUAUAUUGUAUUCACCAAUGAACAACUCACCGAGGAAUUUAAGGAACUAGUGGCUUCUUUGACUAGAAACAAUAUAGCUUUUGAAUAUCUCGAUAAAUCUUACUAUGGAUACCCUGAAUUCAUUGAUAUGAACAAAGCAAAGCAAGCUCAAAUAGACAUGAAAGAUAUUAUCUUUGGUACCAGUGAUGAUUAUAGAUUCCAGGCUCGAUUCAUGGCCGGUUUGAUAUUUAGACAUCCUGCAAUAGCAGAAUUGGAUUACUAUUGGCGAUUUGAAAUUGGAACAAAAUAUCUUUCUUCUGUAGAUUUUGACCCAUUCGAAUAUAUGAAGGAACAUGGCAAGAAAUUAUCCUUUUCUUUUGCGUUGUAUGAAUACCAUGAUACCAUUCCAAGUUUAUAUUCUACCGUUCAACGCUACAUUGGUGAUCAUCCUGGUCAAGUCAUUCAUCGCACAGAACAAGAUAAUCUUUGGUCUUUUAUUGUCGAUUCGGAUUCAUCUGAUUACAACAACUGUCAUUUUUGGUCCAAUUUUCAGGUGGCUGAUUUAAGUUUCUUCAAAGGAACUGAAUAUCAAGAUUUCUUCGAUUAUAUUGAUCAUAGCGGAGGUAUCUUUUAUGAACGAUGGGGUGAUCCUGUCAUUCACACCAUGGCAGCUGUCCUUUAUCUCCGGAAAAGUCAAGUUCAUCACUGGGAAUCUAUUGGUUAUCAAGUGGCCGAUAGUUUCAUCCACUGUCCUAAUAACAAAUCAGUAUGGCAAUCUGGUGUUUGUCGACCAAUCUCUAAUUUUGAUAAUCAAGGAUACAGCUGUUUACCCCGUUUUAUUCAAUAAAAAAC